AUGUAUUACAGACUGAAGAAACGUGAAGAAGACGUGAAAGCAAUAUUGAAACUGAAGAAUAUAAAGCCAUGCAGUGAAGUGUGCAAAAAUGAAUCAAUUACUACGACAGCAGAACCAACGACGGUAGGCACAACACUGUUAAUGGAACCAGCUACUGGCGAUCUAGAAACUGAACAACAACUGCCUACAAACGACACGGACGUCACUGAAGAAACUGACAGCACCGUUUAG